AUAAACACCACCAAAGAAGAACAAUGGCCGCCACCAUGAGCAAGUCUAAUUGGUUUCGGUUGAGCAGUUUUCAGAUAUUUGAUUUAAUGUUUAAUCAGCGAAACAUUCAUAAAUUAACAUGUCUGUUUACUAUUGUCCUUAUUUUAACGUGUCAGUGUCUGGCAGACGAUGGCUACGAAAUGGAUGACUUUUUAAAAAGGGAGCACUCGCUUACCAAACCAUACCAAGGGGUGGGCUCCUCCAGUUCCUCCCAUUGGGACCUGAUGGGCAACGCCAUAAUCACCACUGAGCAUGUGCGACUGACCCCUGACUUGCAGAGCAGACAAGGAGCAGUGUGGAGCCGCAUUCCCUGUUACCUGAGGGACUGGGAGCUGCAGGUGCACUUUAAGAUCCAUGGCCAGGGGAAGAAGAACCUGAAUGGAGAUGGAAUGGCUCUGUGGUACACCAAAGAACGCAUGCAGACAGGUCCUGUGUUUGGAAACAUGAACCUCUUCACCGGCCUUGGAGUAUUUUUGGACACCUACCCCAAUGAAAAUAAUAACCAUGAGAAGAAGUACAGCCCUUCAACUCAGAGGGUGUUUCCAUACGUGUCAGGUAUGGUGGGAAACGGGACUCUGGCAUAUGAGCACGAUCGUGAUGGCCAGUCUACGGAGCUUGGCGGGUGCACGGCCCUAGUGCGCAACAUUCCCCAUGACACCUUCCUCCUCAUCAGAUACACCAAAAACAGACUGACAAUACAGAUUGAUGUUGAUGGCAAACAGCAGUGGCGGGACUGUCUGGACCUACCAGGGGUGCGGCUGCCUCAGGGCUACUUCUUUGGAGCCUCCUCUGUUACUGGAGACCUGUCAGACAACCAUGAUCUGAUCUCCAUGAAGCUGUACCAGCUGACCGUGGAGCGUCCUCAGGAGGAAGAGGAGGAGGAAGAGCUCACUGUCCCCAGUGUUGAUAACUUUGAGCAAUUGAAUAAAGUGGAGGUGCAAGAGGAGGGGAUGAGUGGAGUCCAGCUCUUCUUCACCAUAGUCUUCUCCAUCAUCGGUAUCUUCGUACUGGGGGUGGUGGCGGUGGUCGUGUACGGGCGCUGGAAGGAAAACAGCCGCAAACGUUUCUACUGAGAGGAGAGAGGGAUAGUCUCAGCAUCCCAAAUGGCUCCCUUUAUAGUGCACUACUUUUGACCAGGGCCUAUAGAGCUCUAGUCAAAAGUAGUGCACUCCAUAAGGAAUAGGGUGGCAUUUGGGACGCUAUCUGAGAGAGGGGGAUAAUCUGUGAAGGAGCGCAAGAGCCUGUGAAGGAGCACAUAGAUUAAAAAAAAAAAACAUACAACCAACAUGCUGUCUGCCAUACAUAGCUUUACUACAUAACUAUUCCCUUACUUAAAUAAUACCUCAACUGAGAGAAAUGAACCUAUCUCAGCCAAAAUAAAUCAAAUGUGACCCUUUUCAUUUUUAAUACUGUGAGAUUUGUCUUUGUUGCCCUUUAUUUCACCUCUGUGUUGAACGUAAAUGCUGAAGCUAGCUAACGUAGGAAAGGAGACCAUGACCUGUGAAUCGCUGACACUGUCAUCAGCACACUGCACUCACGUAUGUGUGAUGUGCAUGAUGGCUGUGAGAAUAGUGCUCUGUGGUUGGUAUUGCACUAUAGCGUUGCUGUCAUGUUCUGCCGUUGAGACUACAGAAUUGUUUGCACUGACAUGAAACGCCCACAAGAAGUAUUAUAUUGAGCUGUCACAAUAAUUGUGUAAUGAGAGAUAUAAUUGUUCUCAACUAAAGUGCCUAGCUAGGGCCAGUUUAAGAUCAGGGCCCAUAUCCACAAAGCAUCUCCAAGUAGGUGUGGCCUUCUAGAUAGUAAUGAAUAAGAUUAUAUGGACGGGGGGAGCUGAUCCUAGAUCAAUGCAGUGACUUUUUGAAUACAGGCCCGUGUAUCACUAUGUACACACACAAUCUCUAGUUCUAYUGUUUGGCCCUUGACAAUUCUGUAUUGCUGUGCUGUAACUACCAUCGAUAUAUCGUACUGUACAUGUCAUUGGAUGCUACUCCCUUUUGUUUGAUCAAAGUUACACAUUCUGUUUUCUCUGAGACUCUCGACCCUCCUUUGUAGGUUUUAAGUUGUUAACAAACCGUUGUUUACCAGCCAUCGUAUCAAGCACACAACUAUCUUAAGCACUUAAUCAAAACAGAUCAUCUCACCUGCGGCGAAUAUAUUUAUUGUAAUGAAUUAAGUGUUUGUGUUAACCUGAUUUAAAGUCACUGUUUGUCUAGUACACCAACAAAUGUCAACCUUUUAUUUGACCUUUAUGAUUGAUCAAAUGUCUGUUGUUGACCUGUGACAGUUUUUGUUUUCUAUGUUGACAUGUUUUUACCCUGUAAUGAAAAACUACACAUUGACCAUCCACAUUGAGCCUCAAAUGUGAAUUGAGUUACCUGAAGUGGUUGUGUAGGAAUGGUGGUUCUGUUGGGUAUGGCUGAACUGUAACCCCUAAAUAAGUAGCCUUAGUUUGUAAUCCAAUUUACAAAGCUACAUUACCGAUCCUCUCCAGCCACUUAUUUCCUGGUGCCUUACCUGGGUUCGCAGGAUGUUGGUGGCACCUUAAUUGGGGRGGGMGGGCUAGUAGUAAUUGCUGGAGUGUAAUGGUAUCAAAUACAUCAAACGCAUGGUUUCCAGGUGUUUGAUGCCAUUUCAUUCCAUUCCAGACAAUAUUAUGAGCCGUCCUCCUCAGCAGCCUCCACUGCGGUUGUAUUCUAUUCAUUAGUGCAAACCGUAGUAAAACCACUGGCGUAGCACAUUUUAUCUCGGCCUCAUGGCGAAAUGUGUAAAAUAGCAUGAGAUUAGCUAUAAUACUGCUUAUUUGGACCUUGAGGAACUGCACAAUGCCACUGAGUAAAACGGCUUAGGUAAUAUGUUAACAUUGCAAAAAGUUUUGCUAUGGUUUGCACUAAUGAAUACGACCCAGGAUAUGUCAGUUUCUAGGAGGUCAAAAGUUGUAUGUGCUGUUUUCACCCAAAAUKUUUACUUAAUUAAAUGUUGACGUCUCUAGUUAAUUAUGUUUGUGGAUGUGUGAUAUGACAGUAAUUUAUUGUCAUCAUAAGAAAUCUUGAAACAACCCACUCAAACUUUACUAUUUAAAUAAUUAUUUCAGUGGAAUGAAAAUGUGAAGUUUUGAAAUUUACCACUAAAAUAUUAUCUUAUUUGUGUACAUGAAGAGAAUAUGCACUGUAGUGCUCCUGUGUCAAAUCUUUUUGAAUAAACGUUUCUCAUCUAAAACAU